AUGCCCUUAUCCGGAUUACCUGGCCGUUCCUCGCUCACCUGCUUCACCUGGUACCUCAUUGACGGAACCCGGGCGGCGCGGCGACAGCCACAGCCGCCUGCCACCGGUACCUUCAACGCCUACUACAGGAGAGGAGGUGAGGGGGUUCCGAUCGUGUCGCGGCGCGCCACAUAUGCAUUGCAGUCUCGCUCGGGUGUUCGCGGGAGCAAUUACCACAUGCACUUCGGCAAACGAGGCGACCAUUCGUGCCUCCGUCGUUAUGAGGAGAGCAGCGGAAAGGGCGUGAGGCUUCCGCCCUCUCUCAGCCUCACAAUGCCUGCCUCUCCACCCUCUCCACCCACUCCACACUCCAGCCUGGCACGGACGCACCGGCGCAAUGGACCAACACGAACCAGCUGGAGCUCGGGGGGACAGGCGCGCGCGAAGGCAGACGGCGACAGAUUCGUGACUCAAAACAACAGCAUCGUGACAGCACAAGUGGGAGCGUCCGUCAUUCUUCACUGCAAGACCUCAAGUGCGACUGGCGGCCUGGUGUCUUGGAUCAGGAAGAGGGACUACCAGCUCCUGACGGUGGGUCUGCACACACACUCCAGUGACGACCGCUUCUCCAUCAACUACGUGCAUUGGGACUGGCAGCUUCACAUUCGCUACGUGCAGCCGAGAGACGCAGGGCUGUACGAAUGUCAGGUCUCCUCCCACCCACCCACCUCGCUCUUCGUCAGGCUCCAAGUCGUGGAGGCUGAGGCGGAGAUCCUGGGAGCGCCGGAGAAGCACGUGAAGCUGGGGUCGAUCCUGCGUCUGGUCUGCAUCAUGCAUCACACCACCGAGGCACUCUCCUAUGUGUUCUGGUACCGAGGCAACGAGAUGAUCAACUAUGAGUCAGAGGAAGGCACAGGAAGCGUGGUGGUGGAAAGUGACGACCACACCAGCGUGCUGAUCGUCGCCAGCGCCACCAGACUGCACUCCGGAAACUAUACGUGCGCGCCAUCGAACACCAAGCCCGCCUCCAUCCUGGUCCACGUCCUGAAUGGAGAAUAUCCCGCGGCAAUGCAACAUGGAGAGUCAUCUUGCCGAGGGUUGGAGCCGCCCUCCCUGGGGUCACUCGUCUCCCUGGCACUCCUGCUCCAAAUUGCUGUGGCUCUCACGGGCGCAAGGGUGCCAUCCAACAGAGCGACGGCUGCUGGCAGCAGGAAACAAUCGGCACUGGACGAACCAAAUGCUGCCUCGUCAUUGCCCCGACCAGUUACUUCGCGAGGCUGCAGCGGGCGGGCGACCAGUGGGAAGGAGGACGGAGCGAGACCUUGGGCGGGGACGGCUGCCUGGCGCCCGGACACCUGGCGCCCCGUCUACCCAGGCGGGGGCCCUCGGAGCGGCGCCCCCAGGAUCUGGUGAGGCGUCAGCACGCGCACUAUUCCCCGCGGAAGCAUUCUCGUAAGAGUAAGAGCUACCGAGUUGUUCUCUUGUACAGAAAACCUUAUAGGUACACACCCACCCCCAUGCCCACUCACCCACCACUAGACAUACACACACACACACACACACACACACACACACACACACACACACACACACUAGUACCUUAGGUUAAGGGCAGCAUAAGAAGCUUUGUUUCAGCACCGAUUUUUUUUUUUUUUUUCCACGUUGGGUGAGGACCAGCACGGAACCUCCGCCCCCAAGUCCCAGGUGCUCCCAGUGCGGGGCGUCAGGAGGCUUCUGGAGGACAAUACACUUUGAUAAGCAUAUAUGAGAAAGGAAACCCAAACACGGUGCUCCUCCACUUAAUGUAUGGACGUCAUUAUCACGCCGCCAAGUGUGUGUGUGUGUGUGUGUGUGUGUGUGUGUGUGUGUGUGUGUGUGUGUGUGUGUGUGUGUGUGUGUGUGUGUGUGUGUGUGUGUGUGUGUGUGUUUGUCGUGCAUCUGUCACCAAUGAACGAAACUGCGGCCAUAAUGUGAAAAUAGGAUAUGUAUGACCCUCCGCUAAGCCACCUCUCCCCGCCCCUCCAACCCUCCUUCCGCCCGGCCCCCGACUAGCCAGCCAGGCAGCCAGCCAGCCAGCACGCCCUUGUAGGCUGGUCGCCUCCCACACUCCCUCCCUGGCCGACGUGGAGUUUCUGACGCUAAAUGCACUGAAGGAAACGUAAACCCAACAUAUUACCGUGAAUUUUGAAACGUGUGGGAUUUGAAGGUCGAAGUCUUGGUGGAAAGGACAUAAAACAGUGUGUGCAUAAGCAGAAACUUCGGCUGAAUGUCCUUCUAUAGCCCGUGUAUGGCCUCGAGACUGCAUCAGCGGCCCUCUUCAAUAAGCCGAGUUCGUUGAGGGUCAGUUUUAUUGGCCUUCUUUCUGCAGCGACUCCGGCUUGCGAGGAUAUGACAAUAUAGGCGAAGUGACGUGAGUGAAGUGAAGCUGGGUAUUGAGAGACCACUAUUGAAGGAGCUUCUUGCCUUCGGAGAACACUAAACCUUACAAGCUACACCGCUUUCCUCUCUGACAAAUACCCACCUCUGAGCACGGAGAGGAAAGUCUCACCAUUAUUCUCCCACAAAGCAGACACACGCCAGACACACUUCACCACAGCAGACAGUCACACCUCCAAAAGCACGACACAAGACAUAACACCACACCGCACGACACACAAAUAAACGUUAAAACUCAACAUUAUCCUCAUCACAGCACAACACGCGGACGAACACCAAGACAAACGCACCUCACCAAAACACAUGCACUUGCCUUAAAACAAAGACGUAACACCACACAACACCACGCAACACACAAAAAGUUCCCUCGCCCAUUCGUGGCUCGCAGACAAGGGAACAUUCACAUUUCCAGGCCGUGAGGACGACUCGGCGAGGGGCGCGGGUGGAGGAGGCUACACUGGGUGGGGAAGAAAGGCCCCUGGCGUGUGAUAAAUGCUGAUACAAAGAGGCGGCGCGUGUCUCUGUACCGAGAGGCAGGAGAUGGCCAGCGGGAGGGCUUAUCAAAUUACAAGCCAGCGAAUGAGUGACUUUAGUGCUGUCUCUCUCUUGUCGUUAUAUUAAUACCGUUUCUCGAGGCUCGGACGAACUCGUUACUUUGUGUAUAUAUGUAAGAAUUGUAUCUUAUUGGGUGGCGGACGCGCUCCCUCUCUCCUGAAGAAGGCAGUGAAGGCGUCUCGUCUCGGAUUCGUAUGUUUUAAGUAGCCUGGACAAGAUGACAAGUGAGGUUUUUGUUUAAUUUUUAUUAUUAUUAUUACUUUCUCUUAUUUAACUCUUUUCUCCUCGUCCUCCUCCUUCCAUCUUUUCCUACUAAAAGCUUUGCCUCUUCUUUCCUCCAUAUUUUCGCGCACGCAGACCAAUAUAAAACGUUCCACGCUCUCUCUCUCUCUCUCUCUCUCUCUCUCUCUCUCUCUCUCUCUCUCUCUCUCUCUCUCUCUCUCUCUCUCUCUCUCUCUCUCUC